GGAGACCCUCUUGCGAGAGGGUUGUCUCAGAGAUGUGUUUUGUCCUACAUGGAAACCGGGUCUAACAGACCUUGACAAGCUCUAAAAAGUGCUGCCAAGGGUGGCCUCGCCUUCUUCGCUUCUUUCGCCUCCAUCGCAUCUUUCACCUCCCUCACUUCUUUCGCCUCCUUCUCAUAGUGCUUGCUAAAUGUGCAUUAUUUGUGCCGGCGUUUCUUUGGCAUUUCCCUGGUGCUCUUAUGAGGUGGGUCAAGGGGUUGGCUAAGGCUGAUCUCUCAGAGAAAUCUGAAGAUUAUACGUGGACUCAGACACACAGCCUCUUUGUGCUGAUGGGUGGUUUCAUGCUUUAUGUGGACGGGAACCCCUACCACACACUACAGCCUGACGAGAUCCUCAUGCUGAUACGUGACAGGUGUAUCGACGCCCCUACCCUGACAGCAAACCAGAUCCAGGACAGGAGCAAAGGCAAUGCGAUAUCGAAAGGAUUGGUCAUCAUUCAAGUGGCCUGGUUUGUUAUGCAACUCAUCACCCGCGCCAUCUAUCACCUCGAAACCACCCAGCUCGAAGUGGGGACACUCGCUUUUGCGGUUCUCAAUUUCCUAACUUAUGCUGUGUGGUGGAACAAGCCUCUCAACGUGAAAUGUCCACAUCCAGUGUACUGGAAGUCGACCGAAUCAAGGCCAGAGAAUUACAUUGAUACCAGUGAUAGAGAUGAACUCGCUCGGCUUGGGAUCUUGGCUCCAGUUUUCCGCCCAAUUAUAGAACUGUCGGGCUUGCUCAGUGCUGUUCCUACAUCUCGAAAGCUCCGAGUUCUAACAUUUGAUGGCAGCAUCAAACUCGAAGAUUUGGACACGGCGGUUCUUUUGCUUGCUGGGUUGCUCAUGGCAACCACAUUUGGCGGCAUCCAUUGUGUGGCUUGGACUUUUGCCUUCCCCACAUACUUGGAACACUUGCUAUGGCGCAUCAGUGCCGUCGCUAUAACUUGCACACCCUGGCCUUGUAUUUUCACUUUAUUUAUCUUUAACGUCCUGGACAUACCGACUGCGGUGUACCUUAUUGUCUAUGCAUUAUAUGUCACGUUGUACGUUGCAGCACGUGGCAUCCUCUUGGUACUUAUGUUCACCACUUUGCGCAAACUUUCUCCUGACGCAUACAUCGUGGUGUCGUGGACUAGUUUAGUGCCGCACUUAUAGUUCUUGAUCAUGGUACUUGUGAUACACUUCAUACUAUGACGCUCCAAAGCGUACUUUAAUAUAGUGCGCGAUACACUAUCGAG